CUAACUCUCCACUAACAUAAAACUCCAAAAUCUAAUUGCCAUUAUUAUUACUCCUACUCUAAAUUAUUAUCACCACCAUCAUCAUCAAACACCACCAUCAUCCAUCCCAUUCUCUCUAUCGGCAACCAACCCCACUUAUCUCCAUGGUUGUAUGUUAAGGAAGAAGAAGAAGGAGCAGGAAAAUCAUCCAAAGUUUCCAAGUCUUGAGUCCAAAAACGCAGCAGCAACUUCAAGCGUCCACUUGUCAUUCUUCCGUGCGUUUUCCAAGCGGAAGAAAAAAGGAAAUUCCCAAUCUCCAGCGGAACCUUCUUCGUCGUCCCUUCUUCACUAAAUUUUCACUUUGUGAGCGAAAUAUGGGAAGCUUGAAUACAAGUUUGAACAUGACAAAGAAGACUAGAGAUUGAUGUCAUGGUUCUUGCUGAUAGAGAUGUUGUUUGUAUUGACGAGUUUGAUGAGAUGAAUGACCAAGGUUGCCUGUCUAUACAUGAGGUUAUGGAGCAGCAGACUUUAACAGCUGCUAAAGCUGGAAUGCAUGCAUCAUUGAAUGCUCGGUGGAGCAAACAGUAUUCGGGAAACUUUACUUCAUGUCAUAGAUAUGCCUGGAAAUCAAGAUGAUGCUCAAAAGCGGUUUCGCUGAGCAUGUAGUUUGUAUUUUUCGUUGACUACACGUAGGUAACAAGAAGACAAGAAUGGAACAAUUCCCGGAGGGCAUUGAGUCAGAGGAGAUGCAAGGAUGGCAGGAAAAUGUUUGAUCAUCAAAGAUUUUAAAUGUGUCAUGAUUUGAUUAUUAUUGUACUUUCGCAUUACUCUGAAAAUGUUUUAAAUGGGUCGCGAUCCAGAGUCUGUAAAAUUU